AUGUGUGCUGAAGCGACCGCUGAAACCUGCGUAGUGCUUGCGCAGCCCGAAAAGGUCGCAACGUCGGGCUUCCAGCAGGCGGUCACUCAGAAGGCACAGCACGUUGCGGAGAGCAGGUCUGCGACUGUCUCUGCGGACACGGAAUUCCUGCCACCUUCAGAGAGUCGCAGACCCCCUGAAAGUGACUCGGGAGGGACUCACGCAAGUUCGGAAGUCGAAAGUACCCCCGCGAACGACGCCAACCGCACCGGUGAGCCAGCGACGCAGCACAGCCGACAAGCGAAGCCGUCCAUUUUGGCGUUCCUGCCGCUGUACACUGCAUAUGCCCUCAUCUGCGGCGUCCAGAGGGCGUUCACCUUCGUUGUUCCAAUAUUCUUAAUGAUAGUCUCACAGCGAGCGCUGAACCGGACGGAUGGCUCGUUCGUGCCGGCGGCAAUCUACAUGCUGAGCAGCCGCGGAGCGUGCUUUCUACUCGGCCCAACGGUUGGAAAAAUGCUGGAUUGGGGCUGGCGCUUCCGAACAGCGGCCGUUGCCUCCGUAUUGUAUGGAGUCAGCACAUCGCUCUGUGCGAUUUGGAUGCCUCUGCUUGCGCGGUACCGGCCAAACGAUCAGGCAACCGCGAUUCCUGAGGGUACUUUAUGGUUCUGUGUUUUCGGUACAAUUGCGGCACUCAGCGAAUUCGCACUGGAAAUUUCGCUCUGGAAACGGUGGUUACCGCUCACUGUGCAUGCCCAGCAGUACCAAAGUGGUGCAAUAGAUGGCUCCAAAACAGAGGAGCAGCUGGCGAUCGCAAACGCGCGUAUGCGCCGUAUCACCAUGACGAUCGAUAUCGGAAUGCCGCUGCUGGUGGGUUGGCUCCUCUCCUCGCGCGGUGAAGUGCAAGGCUCUGUACUUGUGGCGCGUUUCGGGGCGUUUCUGCUAGCUAUUCAGCUCGUUGCGCUGUUCAGGGCGAGCCAAAUCUGCGCCCGAGGCGAGAACGUGAACGCCUCAAACGAGCAGCAGGAUGCAGCGCGGAGAACCGGGCGCAAAGUACAGGGCACAGCAUCGACUCGUGAGGAGCCAAUCCCAAGCACAACCACUAGAGUCGCGGUUGCGGCUCGAACGGUUUAUCAACACCUGCGAGAGCUCUUCUCAUCCUGGCGACUAUAUUACGAACAGGAAACUUUUGUACCAUCCCUUGCACAUGUUAGUCUCUAUUUCACGGUGCUUUCGCCUGGCGGCCUCCUGUUCGGUUUCCUGACGUAUUGCGGCGUGAAUGGCAGCACCAUUGGCAUCUUCCGUGCUGCAUCCGCAAUCAUCGGUAUCCUUGCAACCUUCAGUUUCGAGAUCCUUGUCACCCGUCUCCACUGGUCUGUGCUGCAGGUAGGCCGCGUUGGCGUGCUGUGCCAGCUUGCGUGCUUGCUCCCAGCGCAGCUGCUUUUGUGGCUCGUCCGCGUUCCUGAGGUGCCGCUCCCCAGCGCCGCGCAGAACUCAGUCGCGCAGAUAACGUAUCAGCAACCGCCCUUGCUCAUUGGUGUUCUCGUCUUCGUGACACUCUCUCGCUGGGGCCUCUGGUGCUGGGACACCGCCGAAACCGAAAUCAUGCAAACCAUGGUCGAUGCAAGCGCUGUCGGCGAGGUCUCCGCCGUCGAAGCCGCCCUGUGCUCACUCGCUGAACUGCUCAUGUACGGCGUAUCUUUUACGCUGUCGUCGCCCCGACGGUUUCCGACAUUGGCGACCAUGAGUACGAUGAGCAUCUCGACAGGAGCACUAGCCUUCCAUCGAUGGACAAAACGGCAGGAUCGACGUCGCCAGCACCUUGACGCGGAGACAGAACGCGAGGAUCGUACACCAUUCGAAUCAGGCGUUUGA